AUGAAUCCUACAGAUUGCUCGGUCAUCGUCCUUUAUCAGUCUCCGGCUCAACCCUAUGCAAUUGAUGGGAGUACCAAUAGUGAAUCCACAGAGAACAAUCAAUGGCCGACCUAUAUGGUAUCUCUCCAGGCUGUUUUCGGUCAAGUCAUUUUGCAGUCCAAUCCAGCCGAGGCCCUCGAAAGAGCCAGGGAAUGCAACCAAGUCUCACCCACACUACUACUGAUCGAUCUUGACGCCCUUCUCGGUACAGAAUGCCCCGAAGAAGAAUACGACUAUGAUGACACCGACUCCCUUUACACCCUAUCAUGCUCAUCCUCUUGUUCAACAAAUUCAACAAAUUCUUCUGGAACGAUGGCUGACCCACGCAUGGCCUGGGUAAAAAAGAUUAGCCGCGAAAUGAGUACAGUGCCGAUUGUGGUCUGUUCUACAAACGAUUCACCUUCAUUUAUGCUCGAUUGUAUCCACGCCGGUGCAUCUGAUUAUCUUCUCAAACCACUCCCACUUUAUACAAUCAAGACCCUCUUUCUCAAAUUGCACAGAUGUCGCGCAGAUUCCAAAAUGCAUGAUAGUAGCGUCCAGGGAUCAUCAUUUCCUUCAUCACCAGUCUCAUGUCCCGACCACUUUCUAUCAAACAGCCCACCCAUCACCACAACAUCAUACCCUCCCAAUAGCCUCAACAACCGUUUCAAAGAAAUCUUCAACAGAGAUAUGCAACUUACAAAGGCUAUUAUGGACAUUUAUGUUCCACUGCCACAGCAUGCAAAAUACAUGACCAUUACAAGUCAACACAAAGAUACACUGAAAAAGGCGAUCUUUAGCUGGGACUAUUGUCCUUUCGAUUACGACUCGACUGAUCUUAUUCACUGUGUCUAUCUUAUAUUUGAACAAAUCUUGGUCUCACCAGAACUUUCUUAUCUGGGUAUCGGUCAAGGUCAAUUGUACGACUUUAUCAUCGACCUUUCAAGCGCCUAUCACGACGAAAAUCCUUAUCACAACUUUGCACACGCCGUAGACGUCCUCCAAUGCCUUUUCCAUUUCCUUUGCCAGCUUGGUCUUUUGCCCUACAACACUGUAGACACAGGGCGGUCUUCCUACCAACUUCCUCAGGACAUCUUGCGUCCAUUGGAUGUAUUUGGCUUGUUGCUGGCUGCCAUUGGACACGAUGCUGCCCAUCCUGGUGUGAACAACAUGUUCCUGAUCAAUUCUGCUACCCCUCUUGCUUUACUUUACAAUGAUCAUUCUAUCCUUGAAAGUCUUCACUCAAUGACUCUUUUCCAACUCAUCAAGAAACAUGGCUUUGAUCAAUUUGCCGGUGGCUGUGGGUCAUCUUCUUAUCAAGAGUUCCGCAAGACUGUGAUCACAAGUAUUUUGGCAACCGAUAUGUCUCUGCACAGUGAUUAUGUGACAAAGAUCAAGGAGCAGGCCGAUCGAAUGAAGACUAUAGAUCUCAAUUCUCUCGAUUCAGUCGCCCUCCAGAACGAACGUCUCUUGCUCUGUAGUGGACUGAUCAAAUGUGCUGACAUUAGCAAUGUCACUCGUCCGUUUAUGCGGGCUGAAAAGUGGGCUGAACUUCUUGUAGAAGAGUUUGUCUUACAGGGCGAUCUCGAACGUGAGCUUGGGAUGCCGGUGCUUCCGAUGAAUGAUCGCACAAAAGUUAUUCUUGAAGAUUCACAAAUCGGAUUCAUUUGUUUUGUUGCGCUUGAUUUGUUCAAGAGUGUCCAAAAAGUGCUUCCAGAAAUGUCUUUUGCUGUUAAUCACAUGGAAAGCAAUCUGAAACGAUGGGAACAUCGCAAAAAUUCAAACCAUAAUUGUGCUUCAACUGAUACUCCACUUGUUGUUCCUGCUGCUAGUGCUGCUGCUGGUGCUGCUGCUGGUGCUGCUACUGGUGCUAGUGCUGGCGUUAAAGAGGAAACUGAAUCAUCAUGGGAAGCACCAAUUGAACAGCAAACUACGAUACAUGUCGAGACAGUCACCAAAAAGAGAACAAGUGGGACGAUGGAUUGUAACACACAAGUAGUUGAGAUUCAUAAACGUGUUUCACUCGAUUCUGGCCGAGACACUUUGAGUAACAGUUCGACUCGAUUCAAAAAGAUGCCCAGCAUGCCAGCAAUGGCUAUGGAGAACUAUGUAGAAAGUAAGAUGACGACAGUAGCGGCGAGUAUUGACACAAAGCCCGAACAUCCAAAUGAAGCAAGAGGAGAAUGGGGUACCCACGAUAGCUCAAAUCCUUCUUACUGCCAGUACACUGUAUUAAGCACCAUUUCCACUCCACACUAA